AUGACUGACGGGCUAGUCAACACAAGCGGGCUUCCGGCUCUUCCAGACGAGAUAUACCUCGAAAUCGUCUCUCAUCUACCUUCAAUGCCUAUACCGACCCUCAACAGGUGCUCACUUGAGGACGAAUCCCACCGUGACAGGCACCAAACCCUCUUGGCGUUGACGCAGACCUGCCGCCACCUCCGACGGGUUUUCCUGCGUCAUCUCUGGCAACGAAUCGAAGUCUACGACUGCAUGCAGACGAGCAAGGGCCAUCUUGCUAUGACGUAUCCUAGACUACUUCCUGGUCGCCCUCCGGUGAACCUGGCUCACAAGGGGCAUGCAGUGGAGCUUAUUCGACAGCUCGAGACAGUCAUAAUGCGAGAGCCUAGUUUUUCUUUAUACGUCAGUAUUCUGAAUGUCUCCGUCCUCGAGUACUCUGCGAAAACAGUUCUCGAGGAACUUGCCCGCUGCAUUGCCCUUCUCCCAAAUCUUCACACCGUACAACUUUCGUUCACAUUAAAUUUCGAUAGCUACCAAUUUCUCGAUGAACUAUUUGGGAAGUACAACUAUCCUCAAGUUCGCAAUGCGUGCCUCUCAGACACUGCAUCGCAAUUCCUUCUAGCUUGUCCAAAUGUAUGCAGUGUAAAUGCAUUCAUGAGUGAAAAUUGGGAUGGGUCUAUUGGAGAUAUCUUUUUGCCACCCUCGCUCGAGAUUCUGUGUACGAUUCCCUUCCAGCAGGAUGCGAUAUCAAAUAUUGUGAAGCAGCUACCCAAUCUGUGCGAAGUGACUCUCGACCCUACCUUAUUGCUACUCGGUUUCGACCAACUGAAACCUCUUUCCACCUUACAGCACCUCCACACAAUACGUCUCGCGCUGAAUGUGCAUCCGCCGAGGAGAUACUUUAUGCGCCUCCCUGGACAUCGAAUACUCUACAAGCCUGGACGGGACAUCACAGAGACAGCGCAGUGGGUCGAGUGGGCAAAAAAUAUUCUCGCGAGGACACCUCCGCAAGAUAGUAAACGAGUCAUUCUUGUAGACAAGCAUGGGCAGGAGGAGACAUACCAAGUCUGUUGA